AUGUCGACCGUUCUCUUGUUGGGGACAAAGCACCUCCCACCCUUCAGUUGUGCCACCCCAAGGAAGUCGAGAUUCGAGGUCUCAAUCGGCCUGAAUUUCGCGGAGAUGAAGCGGGGGAACUGUGUGGGUACGAGAUGGCAGGCUAGUCGUGGGUGUAUUACCCCGAGUACUGUGCUCCACAGCACCCUGCCACCAGAGUGGCCAGGGUACCGGUACUCAACAGCAACAGCAGCCGGAAUUCAAAGAGCACAAACCCUCGGCUAUGGAGACUGCAACGCCACCAAAGAGCUCUGCAACCCCGUCUGGUGAUUCCGCCCCAGUUGCAUAA